CUAAUGACAUGUAUACUAUUUAGAAGGACAGACUUAGUCAAGACUUGGCGGUAACCAAGUAUUUUGUUUCUUGAUGGGAUUGGGGACUCCAGCAGGACCUGCAGCAGCUCUGCCACCGUACAACUUCACCUCCACAAGAGCCCACUGUCUUUCACAUCAUAUAGAUCCUGCUGACCACCGGAAGGAAACUUUUAAUGGCUGACUUGCAAGAAUCGUGCCGGAUGAGCAGUAGCACACCUGGUCUAUGGGCAUUUUGAAUUCUGCUUAAGAAAAGCUAAAAUGAAAUGCCAAUGUUUCUAGAAACGUAUUCGUUCACAAACAUUGACGGGCAGACGAUAGAAGAGUUAAAAUUUGAGAUGAAAAGGGUCGGCUACUGUGACCCGAUGUCUGGCCUCCCGGUUAUGCACGGAACGCGCGCCGCUAUCUGUCCUCGUUGAUUCACGUUGUCGCUGUCACAGUAACACCUGCCAACUUCCUUUUUCAACGCCGCCACCCAACCCUAAUCGGUAACAACGCUCGUAAACAGAUCCCUCUCACGCGCCUGCCCUCUCGGAAGAACGCUUGAGAGAGUGGAGCGGGAGCGCGCAGAGUUAUCUAUCACUGCCUUCCGGACAGUCCUGAGAAUCUUCACGUGCUGGACCUCAUCUGAUAAACCCCACAAGGACGCACCUUUCUGUUUAUUGGAGGUAUUUAAGGAGCAAACGACUGAGAUGUAUCUCUUAAAAAUAUAUUUUUUGCUAACAUUUAUAUAAUUAUGUUAGUUAAAUGAAACGAAGACGCGCCUGGACUUCCACCUGCGUUCUCUGACGGGGAAAAUCGGAUUAAUGGGAAAAGUUCAGCUGGAUUUCUAGGAUGACAUCUUGACAUUUCAGGCUAAACAAACAAACAAAAAAGCUGGGGUCGACCUUUUCUUUCUCCAAACUACUACAAGUGCAACUGAAGAUCAGAGAAGACUCACCACAAAUAGAUGUAUACACUGAAGAACUUCGUGUGGGAUGCAUUUCCAUCUGUGUUGAGGCUGUUACAACAUAGUGCAACGCAUGCUUUUUUUCACGAAGCUGCAAGGGAGCUGAACAAGAAAUCCACCUGCAUCUGUUAUAUCAGCUAACUGCUAAAACUACCAACAGCCCUGAAUCAACCCUGUCCCGAGAUGAACGAACACUUUCCACUUAUUUGAAUAAAUGUGAUCUAACCGAAUCCUGUAAAAAGCUUGAUCUCACAGUGGAAGCAGAUUGUCUCUGACACGAAGAGAUGAAACGAGAACGUUUUAAGCCCCCGCAACCAGAUGACCCUCUGUGCUGCUGUGGAGACAUCGACCAGCAAAGAGAGUACUGCUGCUGUGACUGUGAAGAACUUGAUGAUGCCUGUGAAAGGUCAGAGGUCAACCAUUUAACCAUUCAUGGCGUACAGAUGAAGUUUGUCAUUGCAUUUGUUCAUGAGAUCAUUUUCAGCUGCUCUUUUCCAUACAACAAAAGUCCGUAAAGGUUACUCAGAGGAGAACCAGACAAGCCAGACAUCAUCUCUCGUUUCAUCUCUCGUAUGGCUGAUCGUUUGGGUUUGCCAUGUUGUGCCAUAGGACCCCUUCGAUUGGAGCUCUCUGUUUUACCUCCCAUGGUAUUGAUUCCUGGCCUGUUGCGAGUAGCCGCAAUUAAUUGUAUGUUGGGAUUUGUGGUCUUAACUGCCCUACCAGGACUGGUGCUUUGGUAUUACUAUGUGACUCACAAAAGGAAAAGACGCACAUUGUUUUUCCUUAGUUUGGCACUUUUCUCCCUUGCCUAUAUGUACUACCUUUUCCUUACCGAGAUCGUUCCCAGAGGAGACGUAAGUAAUCUGCAGCUGGUUACUGCGACGACAGGCAUGAUGUUGACGCUUAUCUCCCUUGUGCGCACCAAACAGGGACCAGGCUUUGUCAAAUCCCAAUCAUUAGCUCUGGGAAACAACAGUAGCUCUACAACCAAUCAGAGCUCAAACUUACCCAGAGACUCCACCCUCUGCAAUGGAAUCAGCCAGUCAAAGGGGGAGAAGGAAGGAAAGAAGAAGUUAUGCCCUGUGUGCCAACUGGUUCGCCCACCAAGGGCUGGGCACUGCAGGAUCUGUGGGACAUGUGUCCUUCGAAUGGACCACCACUGUGUUUGGAUAAACAGCUGUGUAGGCCAAGCCAAUCACAGGCAGUUCAUUUUUACGCUCCUUCUCUUCCUGCUGACAUCCUUCUACGGGAUCAGUUUGGUGUUAUGGAGUAUAUGUCCACGACAGAGUCUAUUCACAGCUAUGUUAUACUGUCCUGGAGUCUACAGCCAAUACAGCACAGCGCUGUGUUUUACAUGUGUGUGGUACAGCGUUAUCAUAACAGCCGGUCUGCUCCACCUGUUCAUCAUUCAGAUUAUCAAUGUCAGUUACAACGUAACAGAACGUGAAGCUCAAAUUGCUUUGCGCAACAAAACCGGCAGACGGCGCUUUUGUGGCCUGGUUGUGGAGACUGGUGUCUAUUCACGAAGCUUCCUUCAGAACUGGAUUCAGUUCCUCACAAUGAACACGGAUGAGAACGAUUCCCCCUGCACCUUCACAGACAUGAUCUCAAUCCAGUUGAACAUCUGUGGACCAAUAAGUUCAAUCCACGGCGGCUCCACCUCGCAACCUACAGGACUUGAAGGAUCUGCUGCUAACAUCUUGGUGCCAGAUACCACAGGACAUCUUCAGGGGUCUUGUAGAGUGCAUGCCUCGACAGCUCAGCACUGUUUUGGCAGCACAACAGCACUUUAGGCAGGUGGUCAUAAUGUUUUGGCUCAUUGAUGUAUAUGGGCAUAUUGAAUUAGGUUCAGUGGUUUGCAGUCACAGUAGCUUUUUUAUGAAAUGAAACUUCCUGGUUGCACAUCAUGAAACUUUGCCCAUAAUGUCUGAAACUUUAUAGCAGAAAUAAUCAAAUUGUAUGAAUGCAACAUGCUGCAAUAAUCAAACAGAAGUAGGUAACUUUGUAAUCUUAGUAGCAAAUCAAGUGUGUGUAAGAAAUAUUAGUAGUAUACAGUAAGUUUUAUCUGAUGAUCAAAGCCCAGAAAAUAAAUGUCACAACCUGAAAUAUCCCCGCAUUAUUGCAAUUAAGAAAUGUAUUAGUGAUUAUUAUAUAUUUAUAGAUAUUUAUAAAUAUUAUAUUUAAAAUAUUAUAAUAGUUCACCCAAAUCACUCACCCUCAUGUUGUUUCAAAGUUCUCUUGAUAUAUUAUAGGACAGGAUGUUGAAUAGAGACUUUCCUUUUUAAAGUGGGGCAUCUAAUUGAAACCUUAAAGCUGAUAGUUCAGCCAAAAAUGAAAAAAAUUCUGUCAUCAUUUAAUCACCCUUAUGUCAUUUCAGACCUGCUUGACUUUUCUUUUUUUAAUUAAUGAUAUGUUUGUUUGUUUAUUUAUUUUGGUUAAACACAAAAGAGCAUACUUUGAAAAAUGUCUAUGGCGUUUGUCCAUACAAUGGUGACAAAUGUCCAAUAUACUCACUCUCAUGUUGUUCCAAACCAACAGAUUUUUCACAUACAAUGAAAGUCGAUGGGGCCCAAUGUUUUUUUUUUUUUGGACCCCACUGACUUUCUUUUGUCUUUCACAGAAGAAGUCAGAGAGGUUCAAAUCAACAUUAGACACCAUUAUAUUAAAAAAAGUAUCUUUUUGUGUGUGUUUCAUAGGGGAAAAAAGAGAAAGUAAUACAGGUUUGGAAUGAUAAUAAGGGAACAUAAAUGUUAUUUUUGGGGUGAACUAUUCCUUUAAAACUUUAAGACACAGAUUUAUCAACCUGCCAAAUGCUAGUAAACCAAAAAAUUAUUUUUACGGCAAAUGUAUAAUCCUUGUAAUUGUAAAUAUGCUGCUAUUUGUAGUGUGCUCUCUCAGGACGAAUGAUGUUGUACACUUUUCUGUAAUGACAUAUUUCUGUGUUCAAUGCUCCCUGAACAAUAGUGUGUUAAAGGGUUAGUUUACCCAAAAAUGAAAAGUCAUUAAUUACUCACCCUCAUGUCGUUUCAAACCCGUAAGACUUUUGUUCAUCUUCAGAACGCAAAUAAGAUCUUUUUGAUGAAAUCUGAGAGCUUUCCGUCCCUUCAUAGACAGAAUUGCAACUUUGUAGCUUGAAAAAAUUCAUAAAGAGAUCAUAAAAUGAAUCCAUUGAGCGGUUUAGUUCAUAUUUUCUGAAGAGACUCGAUCGCUUUAUAUGAUGAACAGACUGAAUUUAGGCUUAUAUUCAC